CGGAUUGUAUUGCACAUGUGAAUGCAAAAUUUGUAAACAGUUACCCUAGACUUAAGAAAUGCCGAAAAAUAAGGGCGGGGGAGGUGGUGGAAAAGGCGCCAAAGGUGGCGGUGGUGAUGACGAUUCCUCAAAGAAACAGGCCAAGGGUGGCAACUCCGUAAAGGUUCGUCAUAUCCUUUGUGAGAAACAGUCAAAAUGUCUAGAGGCCCUGGAGAAAAUUAAAGGAGGAAUGAAAUUUAAUGAAGUUGCUGCACAGUAUAGUGAGGAUAAGGCCAGGUCAGGAGGUGACCUAGGAUGGAUGACCCGGGGCAGUAUGGUCGGACCGUUCCAGGACGCGGCGUUCGCUCUCCCCACAAGUUCACUUGCCAACCCUGUAUACACGGACCCUCCGGUCAAAACUAAGUUUGGUUAUCAUAUCAUCAUGGUGGAGGGCAAGAAGUAAAAAAGGAGAUUGUUAAAUCAUUAAAGACAAAAUGUUAAUUGUAUGAUCAUAUAAAAUGUGAUGUUUUAAUAAUUUUUUUUGUUUUAAAAACCUAUUAAUGGAACCGUAAUAUUUGAUACAAAGGUUCUCAAUUUAUCAUGUGUUAUAAGCAUACAUGUUUUUCUAUUACUCAGCAUGUACAUGAAAUAUUGUUUGGAAGUAAACUCUAACAUUACAAAUGCGCAUUGGUAAUUGCUGUAAGUAAUAAAAAUUUUGGUAAUUGAAAAUUAAACAAUUUAUGUCAAACAUUAUAAUAAACAACUACAAUGUUUACUGAAGUGUGACCAAUUCAUAGAAAAUA